AUGGAGUCAGCUGGCAUCCACGAGACGACCUACAACUCCAUCAUGAAGUGUGACAUCGACAUCCGCAAGGACCUCUACGCCAACAACGUGCUGUCUGGUGGCACCACCAUGUACCCCGGCAUCGCCGACCGCAUGCAGAAGGAAAUCACGGCGCUGGCCCCCGCGCCGGUGUCUUGGCAGAUCAUCGCCCCGCCGGAGCGGAAGUACUCGGUGUGGAUCGGCGGCUCCAUCCUGGCGUCCCUCUCCACCUUCCAGCAGAUGUGGAUCAGCAAACCCGAGUACGACGAGGCCGGACCCUCCAUCGUCCACCGAAAAUGCUUCUAA